UGCGCGACUCCAAACAGCAUGGCUCUCACUUCUCAGCCUUGCACUCGUGUUGAAAAUUAAAGUGUAAAGUGAAUCAGAGUUAUAACAUAACGAACGACAUGGAUGUUCCCGACGCUAACGACGACAGUUUCGGAAUAGAAGUGAUUCUUUCUGACGGCGGGAAAACAGCGCCAUGUUGUCCGCAUGGUCCAACCUUGCUAUUUGAGAAAGUGAGCAAAGGAGGGGAGAAAGGCAGGAGGUUCUAUGCCUGCUCUGCCUGCAGAGACAGGAAAGACUGCCACUUCUUCCAGUGGGAGGAUGACAAGGUGUCCGAGGCCAGGCUUCUGGCCAGAGAGGCAGAGAACCAGUCAAAGAGACCUCCCUUAACCCAGCAAGAGCGCGUCAAAAGGUUUAAAAGGUUGGGCUCCCUGCGGCUGGAUGAGAAGAAGUUCUGUCAGGAUUGUCAGAUGUUGCUGCUGCCAGCAGAGCAUGAGGCCCACUCCUCUCACAGGUCAGUGGGGGUCUCCAGUGCUCAGCUGAGGAGACCCAGUGUGCUGCUCCGUCCUCUGCUUAACAAGAAGAGCAACGCCCAGUACCUGUUCACCGACCGCAGCGCACACUUCCUGCUCAACUCCCUGGCUGGUCUGGGAUACAACAAGGUGCUUUGUGUGGGAACGCCCAGACUUCAGGAGCUGAUCACGCUGCGGAACCUGGAGGGAAAACAUGAGCCAAUGAAGAGUCUGCUUCUGGACAUUGACUUCAGGUUAGCUGUCUCAUCUGUUAUCAUGAUGUAUUUUACUGUACAGCUGCUCUCAUAUAAACCUAUGAAUAAAUUCGACACAACAGAUUGCACACAUCAUUAGCAAAACAUCCAGAUGUAGCCCUGAUCACUGUCUGGUGUGACACUGCAGCAUCAUGCAGUGCUGAUGGGACAGAGCUCCAGGUGAUUGGGCCACAUCUGGUUCUGUGGUGGUCUCAGGAAGCGCACGGCAAGGUACACAGGCUGGGUGAACUGGUGGUGAGCGCGG